AUGGAGGACCCUCUCAUUGAAGCAUUGCCUCCGGCUACGGACUACUUGACCUAUCUGACACUGUUAGAAUAUCAGCUAACUCCGGAACGUCUACCUCUUUUGCACACUCUCCUGCAAGAUGAGAAGCUUACGACGAACAUUGGCUGGGAUCUGGUCAAACUGCUCCUGCCCAUGCUACCAGCAUCCACUGAGUGCCUACAGGAUGUUGCUAGACUAGGCAAUCCACGUGAAGUGAUUUUACGCGUAUCUGAGUCUCUGAUGCAACUCCACCCGGAGGAGGAUGAGGACGAGGACGAGGCUGAUCAGGGGCUGCCCCUGCACAUCCUACAAUUUAACUGCCUUCUCGGUAUGCUCUCGGUUCUUCACACUCGGAUCCAGACAAAAGCUCCAAGCCGUUUCGUGGCAACCUCCCUCCAGGCGGCACUGGAAGCGUAUACCACAAUGGCGACCAACGAAACCACUCUAGCCUUCCUUGAAUUUUUCCGCGAAGUUUCUCCCUCCAAACGGCCUGCACCACCUCCUAGGGCUGCUAGCGAGUCGAGCAUAUUGAGGGUUGCCGCUGCCUCAGCCCCCGAUCCCGAAGCUGAGGUAUCCUCACCCUCUCCGUCUGCCGAUAACGAGGCCCUGCUUGUUCGGAAAUUCACACAGUUCGGCUUACUUGAAUUGGUAAAAUCAUACCUCUUGAGUUUCUCCAGUCCUAUGGAUCCCGGAAUGUCGUGGACCAUUCGAAUGCAAGAACACCUGCAUCCGGAUUUGCGUCUACCCGCCGCCCAAUCCCAGACUGAGGCAUAUGGGUCGACCAAGGAGCUCAAGGAGCGCGAUAUGAUCAUGGGAAAGAUUAUGGCUCUAUCACGAGACGUUGGAAUUGAUAACGAGGAACUCCUGUCAAUCAUCUCCAAACCUCCGACAGAACAAACUGCCCAACUUGAUUUUGAUGAACCACCAACAAACCCAGAUCAGAUUCCGCUAGAACGCCAUGGUUCGCUCCUCCUGCUAGCGGCUCGGGCUGCAGGCGCAACCCUCUUUGCCUCUGGACAACCGCUCCGCCAGGUAUCGGUCUUCCCCGAGUUGGCUCAAAUAUUCAACAACUUUGUCGGCGGCCACACCAAUCUCGACGAAGUGGCUUUCGGUCAACCGCAUGCGCUUCUCGACUCCCUACUGGCUUUGGCCGUUUAUGCUCUGCAACAGCCCAUCGAACCCCCAUCAAGCGAUACCGAAUUCAAAGAUUUCGUUGUCACCUUGACUGCAUGCACAGCACGUCAGAGCCACGGCAUCGUCCGUCAGAUCCCAGCCACCAUUUUCCAGAGCCAUCCAUCGCCUGAGACACGAUUCAAGCUCAUACACAAGAUCUUGGAAGAUGACCAUCUUGCCUCUGCGCGAGAUAGCGCCAUCGGAUGGCUGAAGGAUGAACUACUUCGCCCCACCCAAUCUUCCGAUACUGUAUUCCAGGAUCCGCUCUACUUCUGGGUUCUAUUCCCCGCUCUUUUCAAACCGGUCACUACCGCCAGCUCAGCAUCCGAUCUCGUUACUAGCUGGUCUCAUCUGACCCAGACGCAAGGUCCACAGCUUCAUUCCGCUUUGAAUCUGUACUACCUGCUGCUGUCCUCGCCAUCGCUACGCGACCAGCUUCAUCUUGAGAAGACCGUCAAGUUCUUCCGUGCCCAUGUCCUAGGUCCUCUCCGGCGGGUAUUCCAGAGCUUCGAGGACGAUCACACCACUAAGGGAGGCGAGGGUGUUAUCGAAGCUGCGGUUGGAGAGGAAAUGUGCCAGAUUGGUAAUGCACGGUCUGUCGGACUUAUUGGCCUUACACUAGAUCAAAUUGAGGAGACAGCCAGCGAUGCAUUUGGUCCCGAUGAAGGGGAUUUGGGUGAAUAUUCCGAAGCGGAAGAGGCCAAGGCGUCUGAGAUUCGGAAGAAGAUUGAUAUCUGGGAAUAA